CCGGUGGGAGGAGCUUAAAGUUUAAGCGCCAGAAUUUAAUGUCCCGCUUGUUUCUCUGCUAACUGACUGUAACUGUACCUAGUGUUAUUGUACAUUUCUGCAAUAUUCCAAGAAGAUAAAAUGUCUCCCACUGCCAAAAGAGUCUGUCCCAGUCCUCUGAACGACAGCAUGGAGAAAAGAUUGAAGCGCAUCUCCAUUGAAGGAAACAUUGCCGCGGGUAAAUCCACUUUUGUUCGCCUGCUGGAGGAGUAUGAUCGAGAAUGGGAGGUAGUACCGGAACCCAUCGCUAGAUGGUGCAAUGUACAAACUCACCACAACGAGUACGAGGAGUUGACCACGUCUCAGAAGAGUGGAGGAAACGUGCUGCAGAUGAUGUACGAGAAGCCCGAACGCUGGGCUUACACCUUCCAGAGCUACGCCUGCAUGAGCCGCAUCCGCUCGCAGAUCAAAUCCACCAACGGAAAACUGCGUGAGGCCGAGAAUCCCGUGCAGUUCUUCGAACGAUCCGUGUACAGCGACAGGUACAUCUUCGCGUCUAACCUGUAUGAAAGUGAGUGUGUGAAUGAAACCGAGUGGGCCAUCUAUCAGGACUGGCACAGCUGGCUGCAUAAGCAGUUUGGGAAACACAUUGAGCUGGACGGCAUCAUUUACCUACGGGCAAAACCAGAAAGUUGUUUGGAGCGAUUGCAUUUGAGAGGAAGAGACGAAGAACAGGGAAUUCCACUGGAAUAUCUGGAGAAACUCCACUAUAAACAUGAGAGCUGGUUACAGCACAGGACCAUGAGUAUGGAGUUUGAGUAUCUGAAUGAAGUGCCGGUUCUUACCCUGGAUGUCAAUGACGAUUUUAAAGACAACAAGAUCAAGUGUGAUGAUAUGAUUGAGAAGGUGAAGGAAUUUCUGAGCACCCUGUGAUUACGACAAGAAAGGUGCAUGCUGGCCAGAAUAAUUUAACUUUUUUAGUUUGUUUACUUUAUAAAACUAUGAACUUUUUUUUGUGUGAAAAUAUGAAAGUAGUGUCCAUUUUGUGCUUAUCAAUGUUUCUGUCAUUUAAAUUUGUAUACUUUUGAAUUAAAUAAUAAAAAAAAUAAUAAUUACCAAUAUUUCUUUUGAAGAACAAAUAUAAGUCCUCUGCUCAUCAUUUGAUCAAAAAUACAGUAAAAUCAGUAGUACUGUGAAAUAUUAUUACGAUUUAUGUUUUCUGUUAAUAUAUGGUAAAAUUUAAUUUAUUCCUGUGAUCAAAACUGAAUUUUCAGCAUCAUUACUCCAGUCUUCAGUGUCACAGGAUCCUUCCGUUGACAGUGUUGAAAACAGUAGUCCUGCUUCAUAUCUUUGUGGAAACUGACAUUUUCAGGAUUUUUUUAAUGAGUUUAAAGUUUGAAAGAACAGCUUUUGUUGUUGAUAGAAAUCAUUUGUAACAUUAUAAAUGCCUUUACUGUCACUUUUGAUCAAUUUAAUGCAUCCUUGCUGAAUAAAAAUAUAUAGAGAUUUGAUCUCUCUGAUCCCAA